UAGUGGUGGUGCUGGUGGUGGUGGUGCUGCUGGUGGUGGUGCUGCUGCUGGUGGUGGUAGUGCUGGUGGUGCUGCUGGUGGUGGUGGUGGGAGUCGUCCGAAUCGUUAAUGGAGUAAAGUUCGAUCAAGUUUGACGCUCGACGACUAAACAAUCGAUGGUUCCAAGUACCUCGCUCCAGGCUCCGAGGGGACCCUGAGGGACCCCGGGAACCCCGUUGACGGGCGGUGGAGGUGGUGGAGCCGAGAGGACGAUGCACAGCUCGCUGGAGUUUGAGACGGAGCCGGUGCGCAAGUCGCCCAUGAUUCACGGCAAGGAGCAGACACGAGCAUCCAUGAUGCAGAUGGCUUCCAUGGGCAGCCACUCUCCCAGCAGCCCGCUGUCUCCGCUGGCUGAGGUGGCAAGUGCCGCCCCCCCACUGCUCGCCGUGCUGGAGCCAGGGGUGGAUGCCGACCUACCAGGGGGCCUCUCCCUCUUCCCCAGCCUUGACAGCGUGGCCGGCAUGGCUGCCUCACACGAGCACGCCGACGGGGACUCUCCAAAUGAUCCGCCCGAGAAGACCAACAUGACGUGGCUGGAUGCGGCACAGCUGGUGCUGGAAGAGGCCGGGAAGCCUCUGCACAUCAAGGAAAUCAAGCAGCGCGUGCUGGAGGCCGGCCUUGUGCAGUCCAGCUCAAAGUCAAGCCUGGAGGCAGUGAUGUAUAGAGAGACACAAAAGGGAAGUCGAAGGUUCAAGCGGAUCGAGAACAGGAACGGGGUCUUUGCGCUGCUGACGCCAGCCGAGCGGCAGCAGCAGCUCCUGCACUGCUACUCCGCCACCGCCGCCACGUGCGCCGGCAGGGCGUUUGCCCUGCCGGCGCUCCACACCUCGUCCCCCUCCACGGCGCCGGCCCGCCUGGCCCAAGCCUUGCCGGCACCCAACCCUCGCGGGGCGCCGUCCCCGUCGGCCUCCGCGUCGGCGUGCGUGACCGGCGGCGCCGGCGCCGUGGCGGUCUCGUCGUCCUCUCCUCGCACGGCGCUGUCUCCCGGCCGAGGCCUGGGCGGGCCGCCCCCCCUGGGCGGCGCGAGGGCCCCGCCGGGGGGGGGCGGCGGGGGGGGCGCGGGGCUGGGGGCCGGCGCGGCGGCGUCUCAGCGCAGCAAGGCGCGCCGGCUGGCGCGACGGAACGCCGUGAGCGAGCGCUACCGCAUCAAGUACCAGCGCCUACGCCGCCUCGUGCGCACCACCAUCUUCGAGAACGCGGCGCUGUGUGACGAGCUGGCUCGGGUGGAGGGAUGCCUCGCUGGAGCCAAGGAGCAGAGGAGGGUGCUGUUGAAGCGCUUCCUGCAGUACCAGGCUCUGUAUGAGGGCACCGACCCCGCAGCCUCGGCCUCCCCCACUGGGGUCACAGUGGGGGGCCCCGGGGCAGCAGCCCCCCCAUCUGCUCACUCGCCCCCCACGACCGUCGGGCUUCCCCCAAGCGUCGCUACGACGGCAGCCGUCGUCCCGGCGCUGGAUGACCCCCCUGCGAAGAAACCCAAGCGGGCAAAGAAGGAGCGGACGAAGGAGAGGAGCAGGGAGGAUGACGAGAAGGGCUCGAAGGGGAAGGCCUCGAAGCGGAGGAAGGGCGGCGAGGGCCCCACGCGCCGCCUCGUGCAGCCGAUCCCGCUCGACCAAAUGGGCCGGCCAAUCUUCCCCAUCGCGCUCGGAGACCUGACCAUCUACAGCCUCGGGGAGAUCAUCACAGACCGGCCGGGCUUCCACGACGAGGGCCACAUCUACCCCGUGGGCUUCUGCAGCACGCGGACGGCGGGCAGCCUGCGCCACUGUGAGCUCACCUGCCUCUACACCUGCCAGAUCAAGGACGGUGGCUUUGGGCCCCAGUUCGAGAUAGUGCCGGAGGACGACCCCCAAAACCCGAUCGUGGCGUCGUCGGCGUCGGCAUGCUACGCCAACCUGAUGAGAGCCACACUCGCCGCACGAGGGAAAUCCGUUCCUGCCGUGAGCUCCUCCGGACCGGAGUUCUUUGGCUUCUCACACCCGUCCGUGCAGCACCUCAUCCAGAGCUGCCCCGGCGCACGCAAGUGCAGCAGCUAUAAGUGGGUGCGGUUCGAGGUGUGUCGGGCGAGCCCGGGGGCUCGGAGCUCUGGAAGCAGCCGCCCGGCGGGGGGCAUGCGGACCUUGGGGGUCCCCCCACAGGAGAGGGAGGAGGGGGAGAUCACCACUCAUGUGGGUGCAAGCAUGCGGCUUCACGUGAGCGCAGAGGACUCCAUCAGCAGCCUGCGCUCGCUGCUUGCCACGGCGGGACACAGCACAGCCCUGCUGUGUAUGACUCCCUCGAGCCAGCCCCCCCCCUCCCCCCAGCGCCACCCUCCCUCCUCCUCCCCUCGGGUCUUCGCUCCGGCCAAGCCCAGCGAGUGAGCGGUCACCAAGACGAUGGUGAGUGGGUGACAUCAACGCCUGCCUCAUCUGGACCCUCCUCCUCCCCUUGAGACUGGGGACGCAUUUGCGUCAGAGGACUCGCCUGUCUCACGUGGGAGACACACCCACUCACCUGUCUCAUUCGGAGGUGCACCUGGACACGCCUCGCCUGGACACGCGUCGCCUGGGGGAGACUCACCCACCCACCUGUCUCGUGUUGUCCAAGCCUCUUCAUCCGUCUCACCUGGGAGACCCACCGGGAAGACCCACUCACCAGCUCCCUCUCCGCCUGCUACCUGGAGGACCCUCUCUAUACACCCCCCCUGUGACCCCCUCAGCAUCUCAGGUUUCCAUCUUGAAAGUUCUUCACCGAGUCCCUAUUACCCCCAUCCUGACAGCGCUAUGGACUCGUGCUGGUGAAUGGGGUGAGGGACAAACACCCUCUGCACGCCCACAUUGUAUUUUAUUGCUGCGUCCUGUGGGAAGCCGGCGAAUGCACACAGCGACGCUGCCGGGAGCGGAGCGGCAGCUGCGAUCUCAGUUCCAGACGAGGGCUCGAGUGAUGUUGCGUGGGCACCGAUGCUGUCUCGAUAUGAUCGUUCACGAUACGAUACCAAACUUCAUUGCGUGACGAUUACAAUAAAACAAUUUAGAACGUACGCAUUUUCACCAAAAGUCAAAUUUCCAGUCGGGACCGAGAGGUGCGCAGCCAGGACCCGGGUUCCUCGUACGCCAGAUGAAACGGAGGACCAGCCUCAAUAUGUCUCUGAAUAAUGGUGCAGGACGAAACGCUGGCGCAUGCGUGUAGUGGGGUGCGAUCGCACCAGGACAGGGUCGUGGCUUGGGGGACGGCGAGCGAGCGGAGGCCACCGUGGCAGGGGGUUGACUUGAGGCCUGUGUUUUCCAUAACUCUAAUUAUUACGAUGCUCAUUUACCCAGGAAUGCCUUGUAAGGAGGGUCCUGCCGUGUUUUUUGCAGGAGUGGGGGCGAUGUUGCUAUUUAAACCCAUUUGAAGUUCAUUUUUCAGCAAUGGGAUGUUUGUCCAAUACCAGUUACAAGUUUUUUAGUUUG